GCGCCGCGCCGCGCUCAGACGGAGCCGCCGCGCCUGCGAUGCUGCCAGGCGCCGCCGCAGCGCCCGCGCCCGGGGCCCCGCGGUAGCCGGCGGCGCACAAAGGCGUGCGGAGCCCGGCCCGAGCCGCGAUGGCCACGCUGCUGCGCAAGAUCGGGCUCAUCCGCCUGCACAACCGCGACACCGAGGACCCCAAGCACCCGCACAACCACCGCGCCGCGCCCGCCGGCCCGCACCGCGCGUCGCUGCGCGCCAAGGGCGGCGCCAAGAGCGGCCACAAGCCGCCGCCGCCGCCGCCGCCGCCGGCCCCCGCGGGCGACGCCAGCCCCGGGCCCGGCCAGGCCAAGGGCAGGCGCGCGGCGGAACCGGCGACGGGCGCGGCGGGCGCGCAGGGCGCCAGGGCGGGGCCCGGGCCCGCGGGGGCGGCGGGCGGCAGCCUGGUCCCCGCCGCGCGCCAGCAGCACUGCACGCAGGUGCGCAGCCGGCGCCUCAUGAAGGAGCUGCAGGACAUCGCGCGCCUCAGCGACCGCUUCAUCUCCGUGGAGCUGGUGGACGAGAGCCUGUUCGACUGGAACGUGAAGCUGCACCAGGUGGACAAGGACUCGGUGCUGUGGCAGGACAUGAAGGAGACCAACACCGAGUUCAUCCUGCUCAACCUCACCUUCCCCGACAACUUCCCCUUCUCGCCGCCCUUCAUGCGGGUGCUCAGCCCGCGCCUGGAGAACGGCUACGUGCUGGACGGUGGCGCCAUCUGCAUGGAGCUGCUCACGCCGCGCGGCUGGUCCAGCGCCUACACCGUGGAGGCCGUCAUGCGCCAGUUCGCCGCCAGCCUGGUCAAGGGCCAGGGCCGCAUCUGCAGGAAGGCCGGCAAGUCCAAAAAGUCUUUCAGCCGCAAGGAGGCGGAGGCGACCUUCAAGAGCCUGGUGAAGACCCACGAAAAGUACGGCUGGGUCACCCCGCCCGUGUCCGACGGCUGAGGCCGCGGCGCUCGGCCUCCCCCACACUCACACUCACCCCCUCACGCCCCCGCAUCUCCGCCUCACCAUCGUGUGCCCUCCUGCCGGAACUGAGCCCUGAACGCCAAGGAGACGGUCCUAGUUAGGAGCAGCCGCGCCGAGGCCCUGCCCGCGGGUCUCCACGACACGCCACGGGCCUCUCGAGUCCCCCUGGCCCUGCGGGGAAGUGCCCACCCGCCCGCCCGCCCGCGCGCGCCCGCCCGCCCCGCGCCCGCCUGCCACGGCCCUUCUCCUUCCCGGACAGCAGCUGCCACCGGCAGCGGGGACAAGGACCCCACGCCCCCUCCUCGCCCCCGGCCACCUGCUGCGUCCACGGCCCCUUGUCUGCUGCCCGCCCUCCUGCGCUGCCCUCGAAGACGCCUCGGAGACCAUGUCUGUGCUGGGCCCGGCAGCCAGGGAGGAUGCAGAGGUGACAUCGCCGGGCUCCCGAGAGUCCCCGGCACAGCUGCCCCUGGUGGCACCGUGCCCGCCGGGGGCUGUGGAGGUGCCCGGCACGGCCCCACUCCCCCGGGACAGCUGCCGCGUCCACCAGGGCCCCGGGACGUGUGAGGGUCUCUUGGACGCUCUGCCAGGCUCUUCGGACCCCCUGCGGUGUGCCCCCUCCUCGCCGCCCCCACACAGAGGACGAUCCCCUCCUCGCCGCCAUCGGACUCAUCCCCCCCCAGUGCUCGUCAGAGACGCGGGCAGCGGAGGAGCGCGCGCUCGUGGGUGAUGUGCAUGACGGUUUCUUCUCGCCCCUGGCCCGGCCCCACCGCCACACGGACUUGCUUCCUGGUCGUCCCUCCUUCCCGCCCCCCGCCUCCAUGUUCUCUUCUGUUCCCCGACUUGGUCCUUUCUAAGCAACUCCAGGAGAUGAGGAAAUAUUGUUUAUAAGAAUAUGUGGAAAGAGGGUGGAAAAAAUUGUUCAUUCCAAGUGGAAAAUCCUAUUGGACACAUUUGAAAUAAAUCCAUGCAUACCUGA